AUGGCUACGAAAGACAUUACAUUAAUUCGUAAAAACUGGGAACCAGUGAUUCGAGACAUUUCCAAGCGGCAUCAUGUAUCACUCUCCUUCUAUGAUAAACUCAUCAAAGCCGCAGGUGAUUCUCAAAUUGUACUCAUUGGAGAAGCAAGUCAUGGAACGCAUGAGUUUUACAAACACAGAGCAGAGAUUACCAAGAGACUCAUUGAGGAAAAAGGCUUUAAUUGUGUAGCUGCAGAGGCUGAUUUUCCCGAUUGUUUUCAAGUCAACCAAUACGUGAGAAAUGUUACAAACACUACCUGUGAAGACUCUCUUUCAGGAUUCAAACGCUUUCCAACAUGGAUGUGGAGAAACACUCCAACCAAGGAGUUCCUAGAAUGGUUAUGUGAAUACAAUAAGAAAUUUAGUAACAUUAAGGACAAGGUUGGAUUCCAUGGUCUUGAUUUGUACAGUUCGGACAGAAGUAUGAAAGCAGUGUUGGAAUAUUUAGAGUCCACAGAUCGGGAGGCAGCUGUCCAAGCACGAAAACGCUACGAAUGCAUGCAAGGUUUUAUUGAGGGACGACGAACUGGUUCCUCCCUUAAAAGAGAGUGUGAGGAGAAGGUCAUGCAAGUACUCAUGGAUUUACAGUCACGCACGAGUGAUGAAUUUAAAAACAACAAGACAGUCACAGAUGAAGAUCGCUUAUUCUAUGCCGUCCAGAAUGCAUUGGUUGUGAAGAAUGCUGAAAAGUAUUAUCGAACCAUGUUCAUUGACGGAAGUUGGAAUAUUCGUGAUACACACUUCUAUGAGACUCUAAAAGAGACUUGUAAAUACUAUGAGAAAAUAUAUGGAAAGCAAGCCAAAGUGGUGAUCUGGGCUCACAAUUCUCACGUUGGAGAUGCCUCUCAAACAGAUAUGAACUUUGAGAGAGGAAAUGAAAUUAAUAUUGGAAGAUUGUGUAGAGAAAACUUCCCGUCCAAUAAGGUUUUCAUUAUUGGAUUCACGACUUACACUGGUAGUGUCACAGCAGCAGAUCAUUGGGACGAGGAUCCUCAAUAUAAGAAAGUGAAUCCAGGAAUGAAAGGCUCUAUUGAAGAGUUGUGCUAUAAGGCCACCCAGGGUCAAGGCGUUGAAAACUUUAUUCUACUCUUUAAGGAUAACAGUGCUACUGCGGCCUCUUCAGCAAGCGGAGUUGGUGAUGUGGUUAUUGAUAAAGAGCUUGUUGAUGAAUUGGCCAAGACAAGAGAAGAAAGGGCUAUUGGAGUUGUGUAUCGUCCAAAGACUGAAAAACUUUCACACUACUUUGGGGCUAAAGUCUCCAAACAGUUUGAUGCCUUAAUUCACUUCAAUGUGACCAAAGCAGUUCAUCCAUUGGACACCCAACAUGAAUGGGCAAAGAAAGAAUUGGAAGAAACUUAUCCAACAGGUCUCUAA